CGCUGAGGUUCCAGAUGGACUCCCGUGUGGCGCCCGGAGCUGGCACGCCGUAGCGGCGGCGGCGUCCCAUUUCCCGCUGCUCGUAGUGGCCGCCUUCUCUCACAGGUUGUGAAGUUCUGUAAAAACUUUGAAGCCUGUUUCUACUAGCACUGGCAACUGAAGUUCAUCUGUGAAACAGAACCAUUGCAGAGAAGGAACUGCUGCAAUUUUGGAAUACAGGGGACCACCUUCAUCUUUGCAGAGGUGGCACAUCUCAAUGGAUGGGCUGUUGUGACAGUGAGGGUGCUGCACACUGACACUGGGACUCUCCUUCUCUCAGCCACUGUCAAAGGCUAUGGUGUGAGCAGAUCAGAGAGCACAAGAAGAACCAGUGGGAAUCUCGGAUGGACGAAGAGAUUCUGACAGAAGGCUUCAGUUUUGCUUCCCAAAGAGAAUUGUCCUUCUUCCCAAAAAGCUGGUGUACUUGUGUGGAGAGGCCAUGGAUUCUUCCUGAAGACAGCGUGUUUGCUGGCGUGUUUGGCAGCUCGGGGCUGCUGUCGAGGAGCUGCUCGGCCUGGGGAGCUGCCAGGAACACGAUGCCCUGCCCUGCUCUCGGCCUUGGGAAGCUGUGAGUUGCUCAUGUCCAUAAGGAGGAAGGAUGGCUCAUGGAAUUCCUUCACAAGGCAAAGUUACCAUAACGGUGGAUGAGUACAGCUCCAACCCGACGCAGGCCUUCACGCACUACAACAUCAACCAGAGCAGGUUCCAGCCUCCACACGUGCACAUGGUCGACCCUAUCCCAUAUGAUACUCCAAAACCAGCGGGCCACACGCGAUUUGUCUGCAUCUCAGACACACACUCCAGAACAGAUGGCAUCCAGAUGCCUUAUGGGGACAUCCUUCUCCACACGGGCGAUUUCACCGAGCUGGGACUGCCCUCAGAGGUUAAGAAGUUUAAUGACUGGUUAGGAAACCUGCCAUAUGAAUAUAAAAUAGUGAUUGCUGGGAAUCAUGAACUGACAUUUGAUAAGGAAUUCAUGGCAGACCUUGUUAAACAAGAUUACUACCGCUUUCCUUCUGUGUCCAAAUUGAAACCAGAGGACUUUGACAAUGUUCAGUCACUCCUGACAAAUAGUAUUUACUUACAAGAUUCAGAAGUAACAGUUAAAGGAUUCCGGAUAUAUGGUGCCCCGUGGACACCGUGGUUUAAUGGAUGGGGCUUUAACCUACCCAGAGGUCAGUCUUUGCUAGACAAGUGGAACCUUAUCCCUGAGGGCAUUGAUAUACUAAUGACACAUGGACCUCCCCUUGGUUUUCGAGACUGGGUUCCAAAAGAGCUGCAGAGAGUUGGUUGUGUGGAACUGCUAAACACAGUGCAAAGGCGAGUAAGGCCCAAACUCCAUGUCUUUGGUGGGAUCCAUGAAGGUUAUGGCAUUAUGACAGACGGUUACACAACGUACAUCAAUGCUUCAACGUGUACAGUCAGCUUUCAACCAACCAACCCUCCAAUUAUAUUUGACCUUCCAACCCCUCAAGGAUCAUGAAGCACUGCUGCACGUUUGGAACUGAGGAAGGUCUAUAAACUGCCAUUUUCUAAUUACAAUACUUGCAUUCUGUUACAUGUUUAUUUCAAAGGUUUUUGUGGGGGGCAUUUUGGGAGGGAGAGUGGAGGGGUUUUUGUUUUGGGGCGGGGGUUUUUUUUAGUAAAUUGCUGGUGCAACGAAACAAGACGAAAAGUUAGAGGUUGUGCUUUUUGGAAAUGCAGCGUUCAUUUGAAAUUGGAAGAGCAUUGUGAAUUUGUAAAAUUAAUUUUGUUUUUCAAUAAACUGCCAUUGUAAAUUGUUAUAGUGUUCUCAAAAGGACAGCCAAGCUUUCUUUUAAGAAGUGAGAGACCUUAUUUUAAUAUUAUAUGAUAAGCUAAAAAAAAAUAGGCAGCAUUUAAAAACACCCAAAUUUGCACAACUUUUGUUAAUGUCGUGGUUUUUUUUUAAUGUCUUUUCCCUAUGGUCUAAAUGUUAGCUUUUCAUCUCUCCAUUUAUAUUCUUUUUUCUUCCUGCCUUUCUUUUUUACUUUUUUUUUUAUAGCACAGACAAGACUUUGGGGUCCAUUUGCCUCUUGAUAUGUGUGCGUGUGCUGAAACUUGUUUCUGUUCACAGUAAAAUGCAGCGAGGGGAGAAUAGACUUCUCAGUUGUUUGUUUGUCCACUACCUGCUUUGUAUGGUAAAGAAUGGUAUAGAUAGCCACGGUCUGUAUGUGAUAUCUGCCUUUUAUUGUUUGUUUUUAAAUUAUUUUAGCUUUAAAAAACUGGGAAUGAAAGCUGCAAAGAGCAGGCGUUUCAUGCAGUAAAAAAAAUAAUGUAAAUGCGGACUCCUUUUAAAUAUGAAUUUAUAUAUAUAUGUAUUUUUUGUGCAUUAUAACUAAGCUAGGAUUUAAUAUUGCCAGUAUAGCAUCUGCAAAAUUAUGCUGUACAGCACAUCUAAAUUAUGAAGGAUGUGACACAUUUUCCAAGUGCUCAAGGCCUUCCAGAGCCUGAGUUCAAUCUUUGUUGUAGUUCAGGCAUGUAUAGAGUCAUAUGGAUACAAUCGAGCCUAACUAAAAUAAGGCUUAGUUGUCCUUUAUAUUUAAAUAUUCUUCUUGUCUUUUUAUUUCCUUUUUCUUAUUUUGCACUGUGUGUAAAUGCAAUCUUGCUAGCACAAAAUACUGUUGCAGAUAGUUAUUUCUGUUCUACCACUGUAAAUGCUAUUGAGCUUUGUUCUGUUUUAUGUUAACUUGUUAAUGGAAUUUAGAAAGCAGUUGUUUCUUUAAAUUUAUUGUGAUAUAUCUAGCGGCCUUUAUAUGCAAAUAAAAUUGCAAGAUUUUUAAAUAUGUGGUUUAAGGGAAUUUUACAUUUUUGUGUGGCAUGAACAGCUGGGGGUGCAGCAGUAAGUAAGAACU